GGGAAGCAGGCUCCCUGCUGAGCAGAGAGCCUCAAGUGGGACUCUCUUCAGGACCCUGAUACUAUAACCUGAGCUGAAGGGAGAGGCUUUAAGCCACUGAGCCACCCAGGUUCCGGCAAAAACCGGGUAGAGUCGGCUUCAGUCCUCCAAGCCCUGGCCCAGCCUGUGUAGGCAUCUGGGCGGAGCCUAAGGCUCUCCAGUCACCUCCGCAGAAAGCAGCGAGCUGAGUGGAGCAAGAGUCUUCAGAUGGAUUUUAAAAUUCAGUACACUUGGGAUGGUUUUCCCGUGAAGCAUGAGCCAGUGUUUGUCGGGCUGAAUCCAGGUGAUGGAGGAGUGAUGGUGGAAGUUAGUGCUCCAUUUUUCAAUGAUCCUCCAGCCCCACUUGGAGAACCAGGAAAACCUUACAAUGAACUGUGGAAUUAUGAAGUUGUGGAAGUAUUUUUCUUGAAUGACAUAACUGAACAGUAUUUAGAAGUUGAACUUUGUCCUCAUGGACAACAUUUGAUACUCUUACUCUCUGGAAGAAGAAAUGUCUGGAAACAAGAACUUGCUCUGUCAUACAAAGUGUCUAGAGGAGAGACAAAAUGGGAAGGCAGAGCUUAUCUUCCUUGGAGUUAUUUUCCACCAAAUGUGACAAAAUUCAAUUCAUUUGCAAUUCAUGGAUCAACAGAUAAAAGAAACUAUGAAGCUCUUUACCCGAUACCUCAACAUGAACUGCAACAAGGACAAAAACCUGAUUUCCAUCGUCUGGAAUACUUCAAGCCUUUCAGUUUUAAUACACUGCUUGGAGAAGAAUGGAAACAACCAGAAUCAGAGCUGUGGUUAAUAGAGAAACCUGAUGUAUAGGAGUAUAGUAGAUGACCAUAUCAAUCAUUUCUUCUCUGUAUCUUUUAAGGUAAACCAACAAUAUGUAUAAUCUUUUUAAUCAUGAUACCACCAGUACACUUCAAGAACAACUAUUUUCAUAGAGAUCAGUGAAAAUAGAGUAUCUUUGUAGCACGUUGUAUAUGAAUUAACAAGAAAAUAGAAAGUUUGUAGGUGACUUUAUCUAGAAAGUGAAAAUGUUUCUCAGAGUCAUUCAGUCUAGGAGCCAUCAUGUUCUAUCUGCUUUGCAUUUCCAUCACCCCAGAUAUCCCUGACUCUAUCAACCAACACUGUUAUUUCUCUUUCUACCUCCCUAAACCUUAGCCAGCCUGACACUGGAACAUCUUAUUUGUGCAUUUUUUUAAAGUUCUGUGUAACAUACAGUAAUUCUUUACUUGGAAUCUUCUGUGCAUUCUUGAAGUAGAUUGAAAACAAUGACCUAUUUCAGAUAAGCAGGACAUCCACAUCUGUUAAGGCAUCAUUAAGAUACAUAUGUAUAUAACCAGCUGUUUUUCAUGUCUUGAGAUUAUUUUUAGUCUGUAGAAGGAAAUGGAAUGAAGUAGUCUUAAAUUUGGGCAGCAGGUUCUACUUUCAUUUACAAACAGAUGACAUUUUCUUAAUGCUGUUAAACCAGAUGCCAAAAUAUCUUCACUUUAUUUUAUAAACAUCAAACACUCCUGGUCUAGAAUUUUUCAAAUUUUGUGUUGUGAUAUAAUUCAUUGUUUAAAGCCAUCUAGUAUAUCAUCUAUGAAUUUCUCCACCAAACCUGGUCUUUCACUAGCAUUCUUAACUCAGAGGCUAGCAGUCUUUCAGGAGAACUUUUUCUUAAAGAACUUUUAUUACUUGUACAGAAUACCUAGUUGUUUACUCAACAAUAUAAUUUAGCCUCUUGUUUUUUACUAACAGAACCUGAAUUUUUAGGGUCAUUGCACAAAAACAUUUUUCCAGAUUCCUUUGCAGAUAGAAAUGAUAUGCAAAAACACUUCAGGUUAAUGAGAUGUGAGUAUGCAGUGUUAGGUGGAACUUCAAGAAAAGAUGUUUUAAAGAUGAAAGAUUCAGCUGCCUUACAUGUUUUACCUUUUGUCCUUUGCCCUCCUCUUACUUUUUCCUGCAUUGCAUAAUUCAGACCUGAGGUAACACACUAGCUAUAUUGUAUCAAUGAGGAGACAGUCCAGGUUCCCCGAGCAGUAAGGCAAAGGGCCUGUGUUCUAAAUAGUGCAAUAGAGUAAUGUAUCAUAUCUGGACUGCCUACCUAUAGAUUUCUUUACAUAGGAGAAAAUAAACUGCCUAAUUUGCUAUUCCAAAUUGUUCUAUAGAUUCAGUACAAUCCCAGUUAAAAAUCACAGGCCACUUUUUGGGGAGUGACUCCAAUUUUAUAUGGAACAGCAAGGGACCUCAAAAUAGCCAAAACAAUUUUGAAAAAGAAAAAGUUGGAGGACUUAUACAAUCUGACUUCCAAACUUACUACUAAGCUUCAAUAAUAAAGACGGUGUAACUUUGGCAUAGGUUUAGACAAAUACAUCAAUGUAACAGAAUAGAGAAACCGGAAAAAGAACAAUAUGCAGUUCUUUUUAUUUUUUUUUA